AUGUCCAUCUCGCCUGAUGAGGCUACCUCGGCCUGCUCUUGCAUCGGCAUCACAACUGUCACCGCGAGCGCUGUCACUUCAUACGUCUCUGCUACCGAGUCGGCUACCUUGAUCGACCCUAGAGAGACCGAGCCCUCUUCUGAUCCCACUGGGACUGAGAUUUCUUCCGAGUUCACUGUCGAGACGGACACCUCGGCGCCGACCGAUAUCACCACCAUUGACGAGACCAUCACAUCAGCUGCCACCGAUUGCCCUGCUGCCAUGACCAUUGUGUCCACCAUCACCCAGGUCGUGGUUCAGACAACCAUCCACACCGCCUCGCAAGAUGUUGCCACUGUCACGGAGACCCAAACUGCCACGCUUCCUCCUGUUGUGGAGACUGUGACCGAGACAGCGACUGCGGAGACUCUUGUCUCGACCAUCACCGAGGUCCUCAUUGAGACGGAGACCCACACUCAUGUCCAGACCGACACCCACCUCCAAACCGACACUCAUUUCCACACCGAUACCCAGCUUCACACCGAGACUCAAACCCAGACUCUGACUGAGACUGAGACUCUCAUACAAACCCAAACUGAGGUUGAGACCCAGACCCAGACUCUGGUUGAGACCCAUAUCCAGACUCAAACCGCCACCCUCAUCCAGACACAAGUCGAGACUGAGACUCAUACCCAAAUCCAGCUUGAAACCUCGAUCCAGGUCUCUUCCUUCACUACAACCGUCACCUCAACCGCUUCUGCCUCCGCCUCCGCCUGCCCAACCGUUGCCGCAGCGGCGUCACCCAUCAAGAAUGGCAAUUUCGAAGGCAACAGCCUCCGAGGAUGGAACAUCCUCGCCACCACUGGCAGCGGCGGAACCUCUUCCGUCGGAACAACCACCAACCACAUCACCUCCCAAGGCAGACACUUCCUCCACCUCUACACCGGCUACAACGUCCACCCCCGUGGGCCGUCCAGCCUGACAUACGGCCAGACCAUCACCUGUGUCGCAGGUGUAAGGUACAGGCUGUACUAUGACACCAAGCUCACGACUAACAACCAAAGCGGUGUCGGGUGGUCGGUCAAGGUUGGCGUUACCACGAUGCACUCAGGCAAUGGGGCGGCGUUUGACUGGAUGCAGAGGAGCAGUACUUUUGAUUGCCAUGCGAACCCGACGCGCAAUGUGUUGCAGCUGGAGGUUCGGUCUACUGCUGCCAACACGGUGGUGAAUAUGAGCUUUGACAAUUUUGUUGUUGUGCCUGUGACGACGAUUGAGACUUGA